UUUACUAGCGGCGCUUUUGCUACUACAAAGGCCAAAACAAAAACAAACACAGCAGUAAACAAAAAACUGCAGAAAUAAAAACUAAUAAAAAUGCCGGCUUAACUGUAAAAAACCAACAAAAGAAAAGUGUUGAAGUAAACUUAGUAUUGGAAGGCCCGAAAGUAGGCAGUGAUGUCGUAAAGUGAACAAAAGCAUACGCAUAAUAGUGUAGUGAUAUAAAAAGCCGCUGAAAAGAAAUCAAAAAAAUGAUUUAAGGAUUUAAUUCAUAAAUAAAAAUUGCAACGAAUCCGCACAAAUGUCUUAGUUUUUUUCCCAUAAGAAAAAUAUCCGCAUAUCAAUCUAAAAUCAACGAUUCUUCUGUGAACCCUUGGAAGCGCUACAUUCGAAUAAGCAGCCUCAGCUUACACAACGCCCUUCGAAAAUGUCUGCUAAACCACCGCCACCACCCGCCAACGCCGCCGACCCCGAUGGUCCCAAAAUGGCACCAGAAAUUCCGCGGCUCACUUCAGAACUAGCCGCGCAGGCCGCUAUACGCGCCCAGCAAAUACUACGCAAACAAGCUUCACAGGAGGAGAAGAGCGCACCGGCCAUGCAUUUGCCACCGAAACCCUUUGGCGCCGUGCCACCGCCACUGCCACCGCAACACAACAAACCAGUUCCUGCUAUACCGGCACGCGCAGCCGAUCGUGCCACCGCCAGAGAUACCCCAAAGCGGCACAGCCUCAAGAGCCUGCCGGAUGGAUUCCCGUUGCCACCGCCGGGGGGCCGCCAACCACCGCCGCUACCCAAGAAGCCCGCUUCGGCGCAGAGCUCCGCACAAAAUAGCGCGCAAAAUUCACCAAUCACCGUCAACAAGUUCAAAGAUCGCCCACCAUUGCCACCGGAGAAGCCAAGUGACGUGUUCAAGCGUAGCUCAAAUCCUUUUGAUCCACCCAUGCUGUUGUCGGCUAGCAAUGAUGCGCUGCCCAAGUCUGCGGUGCCAUCACCAGCGCCUACGCGCAAGCGAAGCAAAGAAAGCCGCCGCCGCUGCUGCUGCUGCCGCGCCGCCGUCGCCUCCGCAUCUAAUGCUUGCCCAACAAGCGCGCGCAUAUCACCCACAGAGGACUUUGGUUCGGAGGAUGCACUGCGCGGCAUUGAGAGCGGCCUACGUAAUAUGGAGCGGGCCAUGCAAGAGCAAAUGAAUUUACGUUCAAUGGAAGCUGCAGCUGCCGCCGCCGCAGUGGCCGCACAGCAAAACAAUUUCGACUUGAGCUUCAAGGCCGGUUUGGGUGCUGGCGCAGGUGUACGUCACCCGCUAACCAAUUUGAAUUUACGCGGUCCACCCUACGAACGCAAUCUCUCUUUGGACGAAACAACCGUACGCGAUGUUAGCGCCAUGCCACAGAACCCAGCUGUGGCUGCUGUGGCCGCUGCCGCACGACAAUCAUUCGAGGAGUUGAAGCAGCUGCGCUCACAGCAGCUGCAGGGCUCUGCCACGGCGCUCAAUCAAACCGCCGAGCACAAUGCAAUGCGUUCCACUAUCGAGCACCACAUGCGUUCGCUGGAUCGUAAUCUGCCACUUGAGCUGCAGUACAGCCGUCACCGCGUGCAAGCAUCGCAAGAUUUUAGUAAAUCAAAUAUGAUUGGAGUAGGUGGCGGUGGCGCAGGUGCUGGUAGUGGUGGUGUUGGCCCAGCCAGUAGCGGCGGUGGUGGUAGUAGUGGUGGACCACCGAUGCCGUUGAGCAGUGAAUCGGAGCAAAUACGUCAACAGCUGUUGGGGAAUGUGCCAGCCAAUGUCAUGCAUAAUACGGGUUUGACGCCCGGCUCAGCUGCGGCCGCUGCAUUGCUGCAACAUCAGGCGCAGUCACGCGCUGCCUGCUGCCGCUGCAGCAGCGCCGCCGCUCAGGCUGCUGGUAGUUUGACGCGCGAAGAGAUACGCAUGCGUCGACGUUCAUCGCACGAUGAGACGCAGUUGGUGCAGAAUGCCAGCGGCGGAAUUGCGGUUACACGCUUACGUGAGCACUGGGAUGAGACCUCACAGUGUGUGCUGCAACGCGCCGCCCAAUUGAAGAAUAUGCUCGGCGAUUCACAGCGCUAUGAAACAAAGCGCUUGGAGUUGGAAAAAUGGCUGGCUCGCAUGGAGGCACGUGCCGAGCGCAUGGGCAACGUUGCCACCACGGCUGAUGUCUUGGAAGCGCAGCAAAAGGAGCAAAAGUCUUUCCACGCCGAGCUGCAUCAGAAUAAACAACAAUUUGAACUUUUCAAUGCUUUGACGCAAAAGUUGAUUGCCGUUUAUCCAUCGGAUGAUACUACGCGUCUCAAAAAGAUGACAGAGGCCAUUAAUCAGCGCUAUUCAAAUUUAAAUAAUGGCGUCAUCAAUCGCGGCAAGCAGCUUCAUGCCGCAGUACAUAGUCUUCAGUCGUUCGAUCGUGCUAUGGAUCAAUUUCUCGCUUUUCUCUCCGAAUCAGAAUCACUUUGUGAGAGCGCCGAAGCUGAAAUUGAUCGCAAUCCACUAAUGUUCAAGGAUUUACAAUCGGAAAUUGAAACGCAUCGCGUCGUUUAUGAUCGUCUCGAUGGCACCGGCCGCAAGCUGUUGGGUUCACUCACCUCGCAAGAGGAUGCGGUGAUGUUGCAGCGUCGACUGGAUGAAAUGAAUCAGCGUUGGAAUAAUUUGAAGUCGAAGAGCAUCGCCAUCAGGAAUCGCUUGGAGUCGAAUUCGGAACAUUGGAAUGCGUUGUUGUUGUCACUACGCGAACUCACCGAAUGGGUUAUACGCAAAGACACCGAACAAUCGUCGCUGAGCGUUGGUCCGCUGAUGGGCGAUGCUGCGAGUCUGCAAAAACAAUUGGAUGAUCAUAAAGCCUUUCGACGUCAACUGGAGGACAAACGUCCCAUUGUCGAAAGCAAUUUAUUGAGUGGACGUCAGUAUAUUACAAGUGAGCCGCCAGUAUCGGACAACAGUGAUACGGAAG